AUGACGCUUGUGUGCACCACCCACGGAGGCUUCCCUGAACACCAGGUGACAUGGAGGACCCAUAACCGUACUCUGGAGCGUCACGAGGCUGUCACCAAGACGACCCAGGAUCCUGUAACAGGAAACUACAACAUCAGCAGCCGAGUGAAUGUGACAGAGGGACAGAAUCUAACCUGCAGUAUCUACAACCCCAUCUUCAAUGAGACCCAGAGUAACUUUAUCGUCAUACCAGCCUCACCAGCUGCAUGUGAGAAUGAAGUCACUGGGAUUAUAGGAGAGUCUGUUCUCCUGUCCUGUGACCUGAAAUCAUCCACGGCCAUCGACACAGCAAGACUCCGGUUCCACUGGCAAGAUGAGUCCGAAAGAGUGUUGUACUCGUUCAACAAAGGAGAAGAGAAUCAACAUCAGGAUAGCCUUUACACAAACAGAACUAAAGCCUUUGGGUCUGAGAUUAGUUCUGGGAAUAUCUCUAUCAAACUCAGCCACGUAACACUUGAAGACAAGCAGAAGGUCUACAGGGCUUUCGCUACACUGUUUGGCGAGGAUGAUAAGCAUAUCCACCCGUGUCGCACUACCCUACUUGUGGCAGCACGGUUCCCGACACCCAGUGUGACUGUGAACAAGACAAAUAUGAAUUCCACGUGUUCAACCCAGGGGGGAUACCCACAACCAACUGUCACGUGGACCAUCCAGGACCGUGGGAACCGCACUCUGGACCCGUGGGAAGUACAGACCAAUAUUACCCUGGAUUCUGAAAGUGGACUGUACAGCGCCUGGAGCCAAGUGAAUAUAACAGAAAAUCAGACGGUGACCUGCCAUAUCUUCAACCCCGUUCUGAGAGAGACUGUGAGCAACACAACCAUCGUCAGCCCCAGCAUUAACACAGACCCUGCAGGUUGUGGAGCCAGAGGUGGUGCUACAGGAGCCAGAGGUGGUGCCACAGGAGCCAGAGGUGGGCCACAGGAGCCAGAGGUGGUGCUACAGGAGCCAGAGGUGGUGCUACAGGAGCCAGAGAUGGGGCCACAGGAGCCAGAGAUACAGGAGCCAGAGAUGGUGCUACAGGAGCCAGAGAUGGUGGAGCCAGAGGUGGUGCUACAGGAGCCAGAGAUGGUGCUACAGGAGCCAGAGAUGGUGCUACAGGAGCCAGAGAUGGUGCUACAGGAGCCAGAGAUGGUGCUACAGGAGCCAGAGAUGGUGCUACAGGAGCCAGAGAUGGUGCUACAGGAGCCAGAGGUGGUGCUACAGGAGCCAGAGGUGGUGCUACAGGAGCCAGAGGUGGUGCUACAGGAGCCAGAGGUGGUGCUACAGGAGCCAGUGGUGGUGCUACAGGAGCCAGAGGUGGUGCUACAGGAGCCAGAGGUGGUGCUACAGGAGCCAGAGAUGGUGCUACAGGAGCCAGAGGUGGUGCUACAGGAGCCAGAGAUGGUGCCACAGGAGCCAGAGAUGGUGCCACAGGAGAGGCAGCCGAUCCUCCUCGCUACUCCUCCUCAGAAGAGGACGAGAUCCGUUCCAGUAAGAUCUUCUACUGUCUUUAUAGCGUUCGUAACAGGGAAGUGUACAGCUAUAGUUGAAGACCUGGCCCAGCCAAGGGAUGUGAACACAUUAUGUGGUGAUCAUGGUCAACCUCUGUCUCUUUUCUGCCUGGAUGAUAAGGCUCUGAUCUGCGCUCAAUGUGACUCUCUGGGUCAUAAGACCCACAAAACCACACCUGCAGAGGAACAGAUCCCCCAAAUCAAGCAGAGACUGUUGAAAGAGCUGCUUGCCAAACAGAACAAUGUUUGCACGGUAAAGACGGAGAUUCUCAAAGCAAAGAACACCAUGGAGUCAUUCAAGAUCUCUGCCAGUCUACAGAAACAAGAACAGCAGACAAAUUUCAUCAUGCUGAUCUCAGCCAUCACAGAGGAGCAGAAACAACUGAUGGCCUCAAUGGAGGAGAAAGAGAAAGAGAUGCUGCUGAAAACAGAGGGUGAGGUUCAGAAGAUGGAGAAGAGAUUCAAGAGCUUGGAGGAUGAGGUCACUGGGAUGGAGCUCGUAUUGCAGGGUGAAGAACCUGGGAGGUUGCUUCAGGAUUACAAUGCCCUGCAGAAAGGCUCAGUUGAUGCAUCUCCUUACUGUGUCAGUCUGGACCCAGAGGAGAGACUUGUUCAGGCAGGAGAACUCAAAGAGAUGCUCCACAAGGAGGUUGACAGGAUCUGGAAGGACCAAGGUUCUGCCGCUAGGACAGCUUUACGUGUAGAUCCCACAGCCUGUCGGUGCUCACUGUCAACACUGAAACAAUGUAGGUAUAAUGAAUCUGAUUUGAUUUUAACAUGAUGUUAUAUUCACUUUGUGAAAGUCUCUGGUAUUGAGCAAUACUUCCAUGUAGUCUAAUGGUUCAGUACUCGACAUACACAAUAUCUGAUAUCAGAGCCUAUUGUGUACAGUUGACACACAACACUAAUCAAACUGUUGGAGUGGGUAAACACUCC